GCAAAUGAUGUGAGCGCAUUAUGUGCAUCCACACCUGAAGAGAAGCGCAGGGGAUGCUUGGCUCCAACGCAACACGAUGUCCGUGGUGUUGAGAAAGAGAGUGGGCUGUUUUGUGAGGAGGAGGCUGACAGUCUGACUUCGUGUUUUUUUACAUGUCGAUCAUUUGCAAAGCAUUUUCACUACGACAUGAAUUGAGCAGAAUGGGAGUGAAGCGCCGCGUAAAGGAGUGAAGGCAGUUUCAGUGCGGGUCCUGAUGCUGAGGCAAGCAGAGAGCUAUCGGGCUUUCAACACAAACCUUUUUCAAAGCUGCUCUUUUCAGGAAAUGGGAAGAAAGUGAGAAAAGAGCUGAAAAGAGGUCCGACUUUGACUUAUUUGACACGAGAGAGGAUAUCUGUUUCAUACAUUUCUGACUGGGAUGCGGAUUUUCCUCCUUUUUCCUGACAGCGUGCGUUGGUCCGCAUCGCUCGUAUCGUACGGAUAUAUACACGAGAAAAAUUAAAAUGAAGUGGCCUUCCGAAGUAGUUUUUGACGGGGCUGAGGUUUUAUUUUUUCUUUAAUCGUCUUCAACAGCGUUGCACCGGGCACGAGGGAAUUGAUAGGGCACGCGCGCAGUGCUUAUAAAACAACGGCUGUCCAAUAAAGCUUAAUAUCAACCCGAAUAAAACACCAACUGAAGAAAUAACACCUCUGAUUGUUUAUACAGAAACUGAUACGUUAAAACGACGACCAGGUCUGUCGUGGAGAUUCGUACGGUAGGCUUGACUGGGCUUGAGAACCUGUGAUGUGGAGCGCUGCUCCGAAGCCGAAAACUCCCAACUAGACCCGGAACUUCCUGUGCGUCAAGAUGGAUUAGAGCUUAACGCAUCUGGAGAUCAAAGGUGGCUGUGUGAAGGGAGACCCCCAGGGCUGGACCCAUGAGGAGUCAAAGAAGAUGCUCGCAGCCUGGGCGCCUCUGCUCCUCUUAGCCAUGUGGGUGAGAAACGCCACCAGUGGCCCGCUCUCAUUCAGAAUAGCUGCCAUUCUUGAUGACCCAAUGGAGUGUAGCCGCGGGGAGCGAUUGGCCAUCACUCUGGCAAAAGACAGCAUUAACCGUUCCAGCAACCGCUCCACCACAGGCAAACUGGAGGUGGACAUCUUUGAGCUGCUAAGAGACAGUGAAUACGAGACAGGAGAGACCAUGUGCCAGAUCAUGUCCAAAGGAGUGGUGGCGGUCCUGGGUCCCUCUGCCAGCCCAGCUUCCAACUCCAUCAUCAGUAAUAUCUGUGGAGAGAAAGAGGUGCCGUAUGUAAAGGUGGCUCCAGAGGACAUACUGAAAGUGCAGUUUCCACGCUUUACUACGCUGGACCUCAGGCCCACCAACACAGACGUCAGCAUGGCCGUAGCAGGGCUUCUAACAUUUUUCAACAGCAGCAUGUCGUGUCUCAUUUGUGCUCAGGCCGAUUGCCUAUUAAACCUGGAGGUGUUACUGCGACAGUUUCUCAUCUCCAAGGAAACCCUCUCGGUUCGCAUGUUGGAUGACAGCCAGGAUCCCACCCCGCUCCUCAAGGAGAUCCGUGAUGAUAAGACUGCCACCAUCAUAGUGGAUGCCAACGCCACCAUGUCUCACAUCAUUUUAGAGAGGGCGUCAGAGUUGGGGAUGCUGUCAGCAUACUAUACAUACAUCUUGACUUCCUUGGAAUUCUCUCUUCUGCGGCUGGACGAUUUAGCCGAUCAGCGGGUGAAUGUCUUGGGCUUUUCUGUCUUCAACAGGACGCACCCCUUCUUUCAGGACUUUGUCCUUAGCCUCAAUAGAUCCUGGCAGGAGAACUGUGAUCACGCCCCUUUUGCAGGGACGCCACUUUCAUCCGCAUUGCUGUUUGAUGCCGUACACACGGUGGUGGCAGCUGUGCAGGAACUGAACCGUAGCCAGAACGUCGGAGCCACUCAGCUCUCCUGCAAGUCCUCCAAGAUUUGGGAGCACGGAACGAGUCUCAUGAACUACCUGAGGAUGGUAGAGUUGGAAGGUCUAACGGGCCACAUCGAGUUCAACAGCAAAGGACAGCGCUCGAACUAUGCCCUCCGGAUCAUGCAGAACAGCAGAGAUGGCCUAAGGCAGAUUGGUCAGUGGCAUUCAGAGCAGGGACUGUCCAUGGAUAAGCAGCUUCCAUCAUUGAACCUGACAGACACAUUAUUCAAUACCACUCUCACCAUAACUACCAUCCUGGAAAAUCCAUACGUAAUGCUGAGAGCCAAUCACCAGGAACUAGAAGGGAACGAGCGUUACGAGGGUUUCUGCGUGGACAUGCUAAAAGAGUUGGCAGAUAUCCUGAAGUUCAAUUACCGCAUACGGCUUGUAGGGGACGGCGUUUAUGGAGUACCGGGGGCCAACGGCACAUGGACGGGCAUGGUGGGAGAACUCAUCGGCAGGAAGGCUGACCUGGCUGUGGCCGCCCUGACCAUCACAGCUGAGAGGGAGAAGGUCAUCGAUUUCUCCAAACCUUUCAUGACUCUGGGGAUCAGCAUCAUGUACCGCGUGCACAUAGGAAGAAGACCGGGGUAUUUCUCUUUUUUGGAUCCGUUCUCUCCAGGGGUUUGGCUUUUCAUGUUGUUGGCUUACCUGGCAGUCAGCUGUGUGCUAUUUUUGGUGGCAAGGUUAACACCCUACGAGUGGUACAAUCCUCAUCCCUGCCUGAAGGGGCGCUGUAGCCUGCUCAUUAACCAGUAUUCACUGGGUAACAGUUUCUGGUUUCCUGUGGGAGGGUUUAUGCAGCAAGGCUCAACCAUUGCACCAAGAGCCCUGUCCACACGCUGCGUCAGUGGAGUAUGGUGGGCCUUCACCUUGAUCAUCAUCUCUUCGUACACAGCCAACCUGGCAGCCUUUCUCACCGUACAGAGGAUGGAGGUGCCCAUCGAGUCUGUGGAUGAUCUGGCUGACCAGACCGCCAUUGAAUACGGCACCAUGCACGGUGGCUCCACCAUGACCUUCUUCCAGAACUCACGCUACCAGACAUACCAACGCAUGUGGAACUUCAUGUACUCCAAGCAGCCCAGUGUAUUUGUGAAGAGCACAGAGGAGGGCAUCGCAAGAGUUCUCAACUCCAAUUACGCCUACCUACUGGAGAGCACCAUGAAUGAGUAUUAUCGCCAGCGCAACUGCAAUCUCACCCAGAUCGGAGGCCUGCUCGAUACCAAAGGCUAUGGCAUUGGCAUGCCUCUGGGCUCGGUCUACAGAGAUGAGUUUGAUCUGGCCAUACUUAAACUACAAGAGGAUAACCGCUUAGAGAUACUUAAGAGGAAAUGGUGGGAUGGUGGCAAGUGUCCAAAAGAGGAGGACCAUCGAGCCAAAGGUCUAGGCAUGGAGAACAUUGGUGGGAUUUUCGUGGUGCUGGUGUGUGGUCUUCUGGUGGCCAUCUUCAUGGCGGUGCUAGAGUUUGUAUGGAUGAUGCGUCAUACACCAGGAACAGAGCUGUCUGUAUGCGAGGAGAUGUUACGAGAGCUUCAAGGCAUCGUACUGUGUCAAGACAGCCUGCAGUUACGGCGCAGACGAGGCGCCAGCGUGCUGCAACCGCAGCCCAUGCCCCUGGACGAGCGACGGGCGAGGGCGGCGGCAGCGAGCCUCAGCAACGGCAAGCUGUGCACAGGCACGGGUCUGUCCGAACCUCUCUCCCACAGACUGGCACAGGAGGCCGCCUUGGUGGCACGGGGGUGCAGCCACAUUCGCAUAUGCCCCGAGUGCCGGCGCUUCCAGGGCAUCCGCGUGCGCCCAGUCGGUCCCCCUGGAGCGUCCCCCACCCACAGCGAGGAGAGUGUAGAGUGGGAUAAAGGGACCAACAACGGAGAACACGAAUAACCUCUUUGAACCUUGGCCAUCUGGUGGAUUGCCGUCAAAUGUAGACAUUGCUGGACCUGGGGCGUUCCCCACCGAUGAAAGAGUCUCGUGAAAGAACUCGCAGAUUUUCGUGCUGCUCGAUUCAGGCAUGGACCUGCGUCUGAUCUCUGUACACACUGUCCCUACAGCUCUCUGCUCACGAACUGCCUUUGGGACAAACAGCGGAGUGGCUUUGAACUAUGCAGUAUAUUUGUCUUACUGUGCUAUUGGUUUAUUUUUAAAUUAUUCCUCUUUUUGUUGUGAUACCACUACACAGUUGCUAUUAUCUUACACCGGUUUAUUUUUUCACACCACGGACGGAGCGCGCGUACUGCGGACAGAUACGGAGACUCAAUCCACUAUUGGUCAACAGACAUUUUUUUAAAGUGCCAAAAUACUUUGUAUUCAUUUGUGCCAGUGCCGUCUCAUGGGCCAGAGGGAAAUUACCAUUACACAAAACCGACUAUGAUCUGUUUUUUAUAAUAGUGAUAUUCUAUUAAAAAGGUUUUUGACAUGUUUCUGAAUGUUUGAUGUGCAUGUAAGAGGGUUUUAGAUGCUACUGAAUGGGAAACACUAGAAUAAUUUUUUAUUUGCUGUUCGUUUUGUCAAAGACACUCAAAAUACACAUUUUCUGUUUGUUCUCCACCUUUUUUUGUUUUGUUUUUGUUUCAGAAACAUAUUAUUUACACUCCUUGGAUCUGAAAGGUUAUGUAAAAGUAGAGAUUACACUCCCAUUGUUAAAUUAACUAUGGAAAGCUCCCUUAUUUUGCCGUUCCAGCAAAACGUUUGGAGAUACAAGUGCUUUUCUGCAAGCUGUUGAACAACACUUCAAGAGAGCAGACACAGCAUGAGUGAGAAUGAUAUCAUCAGCAUUUCGGUGGUCCAACAGUUGAUACAUGAAGUCAACCAUAUACCAGCAGGGUCAUUUCAUCUAGACAUGCCAUAGCAGUAGUAGAUACAUUCAGGUAUUUCUUAUGUUAUAUAACAACUCAUUACCUACACUGUAAAAAAUGCAGCAUUUUUGUCCAGUCAACUUAUAUUUUUGUUACUUUAACUUAACAAUUUAUGUCAACUUAUUACAGGUCAAAACUUAAAAUAGUAGUUUUUGACUUGCAAAACCAAGUUGUUUUAACUUCAAGCUGCAUUUUUUUUUUUUUACAGUGUAAUGUUGAUUUUAUUAGUUUGAAAGCAGCAACUUUUAAUUUCUUUAUGUGAUGUCAUAGAUUGCUACUUUUAAAGAGAGACAUUUAGUGAACACCCUUUAAAUAAUUUUUUUUUCAGCAUAAUACAUCUAAAGCAGAAUUUGGAUACCAAAAUAAAGUUUAUUUUAUGAGGUUUUCAUCAACUUACAGCACCAAAUUGUAAUAAAUUGCCUUCGCCAUUACUACCCAUGUUGAUUUUUCUGUGCAUUUCUAUUGAACUAAAUUCAUUUCUACAUUAUAUUUCAAUACAGUGUUAGUGCCUGACCAAAAUAAAUGGCAUUGUGUUCA